AUGGCGAUGCACGUCCCGCAUCUGCUCUCUGCCACUCUUGCUCUAGCAGCUGCGCACAGACGGACAUCUGGCCUUUUCCAAGGGAGUUGUCAAGUUGAGUUGAUGAAGGGGAAAAGCCUAACCCAGUUGAGAUCUGCCCUAGACCAAUUCAGCCCAACCGAAAACGACAACGUCCUUGCCACCACACUGCUCUUAUGUAUGGCCGAAGUCAUCUCCCCUGCUACGAGCACCGCGUCAUGGAGGUCACACCUCUAUGGCGCCGCCACCCUUUCCGCCCAACACGCCCGGUCCAGCGGGUCCAGCGUGUCGUCCACUUCGAGGUUUCUGAGGAGAAAAAACCGGGCUCUGCAGGCGGUUGCUCUGGCUUGCUGCUCGAAAACGUUCGAGGGACACAUAAUCACGGCGCACCAUGACGAAGGCGAUGCUUAUAUUGACGACCUAGCCGGAUACUCUCCGACACUGCUACCCAUUUUUGAGGAGAUCAACAGUCUGGAGCGAUUACGCGAAGAUUGCGGCUCUGACUUUUUCUGCGACGCUCCACCUGGACCACCACAUUUUGACUGCAACUCGCCUUUGGAGCAUAAGUCGCACUUGUUGUUCGAUCGCAUCAGAGCAUUGAUUGCACAAAAGAAGAUGUCACGGACACGGGUGGAUGGAGACCUCCCUUGGCCAGUAUACCAUGACCUCUAUCUGGUAGAUGAAGCCUACCAUCAUAUGGCGCUUCUUCAGAUAUUUCGACGUGGAUCCUUGUCCGUUCCUCUGCAAAUGAUUGACGAUAGCAGACGAUCAAUCCUCGAUUGUCUUACUGCCGUCACGUACCAGUCCGGGCCCUGUCCAGGAGUAGCCGCCUUACCUCCUUUGUUCGUGGCGGGUACCUUGUGUACGAACAGAUCAGACAGGGACAAGGUGCGCAACUUGUUAAAGACCAUGUGGAUGAACUAUGGAAUGGGGAACGUGAGGUCUUGUCAGGCAGUGCUGCAAAAUUUGUGGAAGCAACAAGAUGAGAGGCUUACUCAAUCGGCGUUUUCAGAGCAGCUGUACGAUUAUCAAGUUAAUGAUGAUGUCUUGCCGUAUUGA